AAGCAGGGUUAAACCAGACGGAGAGAGAGUGAGAGAGUGAGGGAGAGGAGAAAAGCCAUCAUCUCUCCUGGAGAUCAAUAAGCGGGCCACACAGAGAGCAGACGGAUACAAGCCCUCUUCCCUCCCGCUCUGUCGCAUCCAUCCAUUCUCUUAUCCAUCCAUCUAUCCAUUCAUCCAUCCAUUCAUCUCCAAGGGCGGUUCAAGGGGUGACGAGACCAGACGGACACAUGUUAUGCCGUGCGUAAAGCGUGACCCCCUCGGUGUGUUUUUUACACGUUUUUUGCAUCUGUUUCGCACUUGGAGCCACUGACAUGAGGAGCUGAAACCGACACCGAGCCAACAAUGAAAAUGCUCCGGUUUCGCAGCCCCAGCAUCCGCUCCUUGGACCAGGAGGUCCUCUGCACGAUCCGAUUACUGGACGACUCCGAGAUCUCCUGCACCAUCCAGAAAGAGACCAAAGGCCAGUUCCUGUUGGACCAUGUUUGUAAUCACUACAACCUGCUGGAGAAGGACUACUUUGGUAUACGAUACGUAGAUCCUGAGAAACAAAGGCACUGGCUGGAGCCCAACAAGCCUGUGGUGAAGCAAAUGAAGUCAGCUCUGCAGCCGUUCACAAUGUGCUUCCGGGUCAAGUUCUACCCCCACGAGCCAAUGAAAAUUAAGGAGGAGCUCACCAGGUAUCUCCUGUACCUCCAGCUGAAGAGAGACAUCUACCACGGCCGCCUCCUGUGUCCCUUUGCUGAGGCGGCGUACCUGGGAGCCUGCAUCGCACAGGCUGAGCUGGGAGAUUAUGACCCAGAGGAGCAUCCAUCAGACUACAUCAGAGACUUCAAGCUAUUCCCUAAACAGUCCCUCAAACUGGAGAGGAAGAUUAUGGAAAUACACAAAAAUGAGCUCAGGGGUCAGUGUGCAGCCUUGGCAGAGUUAAAUAUGCUUCAAAGAGCCCACAGCCUGGAAACGUAUGGAGUCGACCCUCAUCCAUGCAAGGACUUUACAGGCUCGACUGCAUUUCUGGGCUUCACAGCCACGGGGUUUGUGGUUUUCCAGGGAAACAAGAGGAUUCACCUCCUCAAGUGGGGUGACGUAAGCAAGCUAAAGUUUGAAGGCAAAACCUUUUAUGUCAUUGGAGUCCAAAAAGAGAUUAACUGUCCUGUUUGUAAUCCUGUCCACCAUCACACACAAUCUAUAUGUGUGUCGCUGUUUCAGAUCUCCUUAACAGGCAGGAUUCAAUGUAACAGGAUGAAAAAGCUGGUGUUGACAUUUCACACCUCGACUCCUGCAGCGUGUAAGCACCUAUGGAAGUGUGGGGUGGAGAACCAGGCCUUUUACAAAUGUGCGAAGUCGAGUCAGAUAAAGACCGUCUCAAGCAGUAACAUCUUCUUCAAAGGCAGCAGGUUCAGAUACAGUGGAAAAGUAGCAAAGGAAGUGAUAGAGGCCAGCUCCAAGAUUCAGCGAGAUCCACCCGAGGUUCACAGAGCUCAGUUUGGUCAGAGUCGAAGCUUUAACUCUCUGAGCCAUAAAAACCUGAUCAUGAACAUGGAGCCUCUGGUGCCAGCACUGCCAUCCACCAACGAAUACGAAGAGGCGGCAGCAGACCCCGCAGGUGUUGUUGCUGUGAAGGAUCCAGUUCCUCUGUCUCCUCUCGAACCCUCAGCGGCAUCAGCAGCGGACACAGAACAAUCAUGUGCAGAGAGGAGAAGCUCUUCUUUGAUCAAUGACCUGCAGCCUCACUGUGUCUCCAUGGAAACCCCAUACCUCCCACCCCUAACACCAAAAGCUGAAGACGGACUGGAGGAAGACGACGAAGGCGGCGGUGCACUCACCAUCUCUGAACUUGCAUACAGCCCCUGUGCCAGCAUGCUCCCCACCCCAGUGGAAGACAGUCAGGGAGGGGUCAACCAGCUCUUCUCCAGUCCUGUCCAAAGUCCUGCUAGAUUGCUGAGAGAGCUCCAUGCUGACCCCGACAUCCAGGCCCAGUUGGAGGCUGAGAGGGAGCGAGACCGCGAAUUUGAACGCACUCGCCUGGCUGCCAGAAGUCGAAUGAGCGGAGUCCUCGCCAGUAGCCUGCGGCUGCUUUCGUCCAAUGAGAGAGUCAACACCUGGGUGCUGGGGGUAGCCAGGUUUGUAGCUGUGCUCAUGGGGGUCCUGCUUAUCACUGUGCCCACACUGCUGCUGCUGCUGGAGUCGGACAUCGACGUGUCGUUCCUCCACGAGAUCCGACAGACACCAGAGUUUGAGCAGUUCCACUACGAGUACUACUGCCCGCUUCGACGCUGGAUUCUGUGCAAGAUCAGCAUGGCCAUGGAGAACCUGUGGUCUGACUAGGCAAGACAGAGAAAGAGAGAGAAAUCAGUGAUGAGUCAAGGAAAAAGGAAAAAGCUGGGCCCAAAUGUCUGUUUAACAUGUGAUUUGUUGUGAGUCUUAAAAAGCGAUGCCUCUUAAGGUAGACAAUUCAACCUGCCAAUGAGGUGAAGGAAAAUCGCUUGUUUGAAUUGAGUCAGUGCGUGCUAAACACUUUGGAAACAAGUAUUGUUCUUUCUCCUCGUUGGUAGAACGACUUACCUCUUAGUAAAACUGAAACUAGGGAGGGAAAUCCUUCUUUAUAAUGAAGUUGAAUCACUUGAUAAGACUGACAUUUCUGCCAAGAACUACCUGAGAACAAAAAGGGAAGUCAUGGAGGGAAGGGAAACUGAAAAAUGUAUUAGUUUUAUUGUUUUUAUUUUCCUUUAGAUUUUAAGGCUUCUCCACUCCUGAUGCUGACAAGUGCAGGCAAAGCCUCUACAGUAGGCUUCACAAACUGUUCUGAUUGGUGUUCAUCCUUCCAACCAGAUCACCUGAUUGGCUAUUAAGUGUGUCAGUCAUGACGGAGUGGGUGGGAAAUGAAAAAGAAAAAAUACAUACUCACCAGUAAACAAAAGCAUCAAUCUGAGCAACAGAUUAAAAAAAACUACACCAAGAUAUUAAAAAUUGCUACCAAUAUUUAAAAAGUUGUUUUUAAAAGUUUUGUACAUUUUUAUGUGAUUCAGAUAUUUCAGGAAUUUUUCAGUCAGAAGAUCUACUUUGAGCUUAUUUUCAAAUUAAGAGUUUACAAAAGAUUACUAAAAAAAAAAAAAAAAAGCUAAUUUACUGAGGUUUAUCAGAAUGAAGGGUGUUGAGAAACUAUUUUUUUAAGACUACCGUCAACAUGUGUUGUCUUUGUGGUAGAAAUCUGGUUUUACUCCAGCAGAGGUUAGAGCACAAAUCCUUCAGCUUUUUCGGAUUAUUUGAUGUCAUCAUGAAGGAAAGCCGUAGAGAAAAACAAACCAGUUUGUGACGUUAGGAUGUCCUUUGUGGAACUGUUAAGUGUUUUAAAUGUUAGCUCAUGCAUUAGCAUUCAUCUUUCAACAUGAUACUUUCAACAAAUGCAGCAAAGAAGAGAAAAGAAAAGGGAAGUGAAGACGCUUCUAAUUAGUGAAACUGAGAAUCGCUGUUUGGUGAUUUAUGAUUUUGAAGAAGUUUGUGUUAGCACAAAGUAAAGAAACAUAAGUGAGUCUUUAGGUUGGUUUGGUUGAAUGAUUCUCAUACUUUUGAUUACAAGUACCACCUUAUCGAACACUAGGUACUAUUAACUGGGUCAGUGCCUCUUUUUGCCAUUUGGCUUUGCCAGUGAACAAGCCAUUUCACACACCCAGCUGAAACCAGAUAUUUACAUACACUCUGUAAAAAUAAGCAGAUUAUUUUUUGUCAGAGUAAUGAGAACAAAUUACUGUCAAUUAUAGCUCAUUACUAUAAAUUCAGAGGCACUAAGAUUUGAGAAAUGCUGCCAUGGCUUUGUGAGAUUAAGCAGCUUGAAAACAUUGGCCUUGUAAAAAUCUAUCAAGUAACUGUUAGUUUUAUUGUUUAGGGAGGUUGGAUACAUGUUGAAUUAUUAGUUGCUGCAGUCUUACUUAAGACAAUCAGUAGGUUUUUAAUUUGGUGCCCAUUUCUAAUAGUUUUGCUAUUUGCUAUUUGGUUUCUGUUGUAUGCGUCAUGUCAUUGACUAAAUUUGAAAUUCUAUCUGAAAAACAGUCCCAUUUUACUUUAAGAGCUGUUUUAAUCAUUUCUUUCUCCAACAUUUCUGCAUGUGUUACACUCACUGUUUGUUUUUCCUAAAAAAUUGGCUGUUACUUUUUGUAAACACCCUAAAUUUAGCAAAUAACACUGAUUUCCAACUCAUUUUCAGACACGAUUUCCUUGAUAAAUCAAACACUGCAUAACAUUAAAACUAGCAGUGGUACUUGUACCACAAUGUCAGAACCACAGGCCUAGUCCAAUCAUGCAAACAGUUCACUGGUGUAAAAGAAAUAAUACCAAACAUACAGUAUUUACCCUUCACAAACACAAAUUUGAACUAAUUUGUAUUCAUUUUUAGGAUAAUCCGUAGAAAUGCCUACUCACUCCACCUUUGCUGUUGUUCUAGAUAAAGUUACAAAAGUAUUUAAAGAGAUAAUUGCUUGGAAAAGUAGUUGAGGAACUUGCUGCAUUGGAGUAUCUUACUGUCAUUCAGUUCUUUGUUUUGUGAAUCAUUAACGUAAUACAAGAGAAGAAAAUCUGGGAUGAAAUCAUCCGAGACUGAAAAAUAUACAACUAUCAGUAAAUUAUUAAUAUGUAAAGGCUACGGAAGGCAAACAAUGGUGAGCAUGGGUCUUAGACUAAAAGAAACUAUAAUAUGUAGCUUACUCUCAGGAAAGCUCAACUGUUUAUGUUAACAUGAAAACAGGUGUCACACAACGGAUACAUUAACACACAUUACAGUCACACAUUGUGCUUUUCUGGACACCAAAGCAGUUUAUGUGGAACAAGAUAUUAUUACGGCUGCAGAUUGUCUGCCUAAUUUAAUCAGCUGUGUAUGCAUCAUGUCAUUCUAAUGGGAACUGGAACAUAAAGUGUCUCCUUCAAUGCACUUUUACUGACUAAAGUAACAUUUACCUUACAUACAGAUGUCACUUUUCAUACAGUCUGUGAGACUGCAGCACACAGUCUAACAUCAAAUUCUCUUCUAUCUGAUGUCUUAUGAUCAGCUGUAUUGCUAUGUGACUUUAUACACUUUAUGCAUUUGCAAGUUUUAUGCAUAGGAAAUAUGCAGUAACAACAGAAACAUGUACUUUAAGACAGAGCAUUUAUUUUCCUACGACAGCACAUGCACUGAAUUUCAUAGGUGAAACCAAGCAAAGGGCCAAAACGCUAUGAUGGCGUUUACUUUAAAUGUCACAGAUCUGAGUUCAGUUUUGCUUCACUGUGGAGGAUGAACCUGACCCAUAUGCACUGACACUGUAAAAUAAUUCCCAUCCAAUGACAGACGAAUAUGUCUUUUUUUCCUUAAAUGUCAUGACAUCAAAAAGACUUGUGAUACUUUGCAGAACAAACAAAAAAAGAUUAUGUAAACACAUCAUUUACACAUGUACAUAUAUAAAGACAUAGUUUGUCACUGGUUUUAGUCUUUGAUUGCUGUGCUGCAACUUUUAUAUUAGUUCACUGGCUCCACUAGCUCUCAGUGCAAACUGCAUGUCCUCAUCUGUAAAUAUUGUGUUUAUAGUUGUGGUUUAAAUAAGAAAAAAACAAGAACAGGCCCACUGCAGGUAAAGAUUUUCUCCUUUCUUCCCUAUGUAUGUCUUUGUGUAAAGAGGCUUGGCUGUCUCAUCCAUUUUAAAAUAAUGCUUGUUAUCUGUGUUUCUAUCAACUGAGAGAGGAACAUUCAUCCCACAUAUUCUUGAAAGCUUUUGUUCUCAUUCAUAAUUAGGCUUUCAUUUUAUUUAUCUACUUGAUAUUGGUUACACGUGGUUUUCUGUACCAACUCUGUAAGAACUUCCUUUCAGAUAAAGCAUAAAAAUUUUCUUAAAUAAUUCAAGAAGUUUUGGAAAUGUACAUUUCUUCUGGCCCUCAAAAAAAAGCUGUAAAAUACUUGAAGAGUUAGCUUCAUCAUGCUAAGCUAUGUCAUUGUAAGCCAUUAAAGCUAAGCUAAUCUCAUUGCUAACAGCAUGCUUGCAUGUUAGCUGCCAAAAACUGGAUUCAUGUGAUUUUAAUUGAGAGAAACAUACAUUUAACAGGACUCCAGUCAUUGUCAACAUACAGUAUAUGUUCAGUUUGUGAAAGCAAAUGUAAAAACCCUUAACCUCUGCAAACAAUGAAAAAACCUUUUGGUUCUGAAAACUCACCAUAGCCUGAUAUGACAUGUAGCACGCCACUGUAGCUUAUUUAUCAGUUCUGUUAGCAUUCUUUGAUGGCAUUUGAUUGAUUUGAGUUUGUAGCUCCUGUUUUGAGCUAAUUAGCCUCCCGUGUUUGAUAACCCAGUAGUUUGAUGGAGAGUAGGCCUGCAGCUGACAGUGGUUGUGAUUUGAAUCAUGAUAAAUCACAACAUGAUGCACCAGCUGAUGUCACUUGAGUUGUUAAUGAUAUGGUCCUUUAAUCAUAAUUUCAAAUUCAAAACUGAAUUUUCUGUCAUCCAAAUCAAAUUUGACAAAGAAAAUAAUACCUGGAAUUUAAAUUGUAUAAAAUUAUCAACUGUUUUUAGCAAAUGUAUUUAAAAUUAUAAAACUCAGGUCUUAUAUAUGCAAAAAAUGCUGGAUAAUAAGUAAAAGGGUGCGGGAAGUGUGUUAAUUCAGUGUUUUAUGUGCAUGUACAGUAGCAGAUUAUCUUGCACGGUUCCUCUGGUGGUUUUUUUUCAAUUGUCAACCAAACUGAUUGUUUUGGUUACAGUUCCUGUCAGAAGUUUACAUACAGCCAUCAAGUGACAUGGAUGUAAUAUUGAUUUGAGGAUUUUAUGUUUUGAGUGUGGACAAGUCAAAAUUAUUCUGAAAGUUAGUAGGUUUCCUCAAAGACAGUAGCCAAAGAAUCUUAAGUGAUAUAUCAGCCAAAUGUCAGUGGAAAUGUCUGGCUAUACAUUUCAUGAUUAAUUAUUUAUGAAAUAAACAAAAUCCACAGUAAAUCUGUGCACUCAGUUCCUAUCCUCCAAAAUUUUUUAUGUUGUUUAUUGUAUUAUCCAUCCAACCUGGAAAAAGUAAAAUUUCAAUGAAUUACAAAGAACCCAAAAUAUGAUGGCUGUUUGUAAACUACAGACUGGGGUUGUAGCUUUUGCUGUUUAAGUUUACUUUUUUAUUUUUAGACAGUUCUUUUUGUUGUUGUUUGUUUUGGAUUGUUUUUUCUUUUCAGUCUCUUUGACUAAGCCACUCUGGGAGAUUUUUCUUUUUAAAAACAAUCUGAAAAAAAAGAAAGAAUAAAGAAAACCAGAGACAACCAAGCCUUAUGAAUUUUGUGGAGUAAAACUUUGAAUGUUUGUAUGUUCUAAAAAAUAAACAUGGAUUGUUUUCUAUGUUAAUACUGCCACAAUAAAGAUCCCUAAAGAAUAUGGUUAA